ACUUAUCGGUAAAAAAAAAGUUUUACGUUAUCGAUUACGGCUGUUAUCAAUCGUAAUGAUUUAAGAAUUACAAAAAAAAUUUGGAGCAUUUAAUUUAAUGCUGAGCAGUAUCAAAACAAAAAUGGAUUUUUUAGAGGACGGUAGAUGGAAAGAUCCGUUUGAUGAACUUUUGGACUCCAGAACGAAACUAAGUAAAAUGAACAUAGUAAAACAAAAUGUAAGAGUACCCUAUAACAUUGACUCCAGUGUUGAAAAUAGCAGCUACACAGAAACAAAAGAACCAAAUUACGAAAACGAACCUUUAACUUUUGAAGAUUGCUCUAUAAAAGUGUACUGCCCCAGUGAUUCUAUAUCAACUCCUUGCGAUAAACGAUUAGGAGGCACAGUAUUAUUUCAAUCCGAUCUCUCUCCAAUUACUCACUUAAAACUUGAAGGUGUUGAACACAGUAGAGACAAAUGCGCUGAUACUAAAGAGACAGAUUUAUAUGUAAAUGUUGAUAUUCCUUUUCAAAACAUAAUUGCCAGUCCAAAAAAAGGUCCUAAUUUCGGGAAAAAGCGAUUGAGUAACUCAAAUGAGAUGGUUACUGUUGUGCACCCUUCGAUUUCAUUAAAUCCAGGAAAAUGGAGAAAAUCGCUAAACAAUUUUAUUAGAUCUAAAAUAAACGAAACAAAUUUCACGAAAAAGGUAGAACAUCGAAGUUCAAUAUGCCAGGAUCGAAAAUCAUUAGUUUUGAAAGGUGAACAUAAAUUUGAGAAUAAAUGUGAAGAAGAUGUUCUUAAAUAUUGUCAUCAGUGUACACCACUUCCCUUUAAUGCUACAUACGAACAAUAUAAAUUAUUGAAUUCUAAAAAGAUUGGCGAGGGGGCUUAUGGAGAAGUAUUUCGUUGCUCGGCUAAUCAAAAAGUACUAAAAGAGCAUAUCUCUGAUAUUGUAUUAAAGAUUAUACCUUUGGAGGGUUCCACUGUAAUUAAUGGAGAAAAGCAAAAAACAUUCAGUCAAAUUUUACCAGAAAUAAUUAUAACUAACAAAAUGUGCAGCCUUCGAACAAGUAAAACUAAUUCUACGAAUGGAUUUGUGAGCAUACGCAAGGUAUCACUAGUUAAAGGAAGGUAUCCACCACAUUUUAUAAAUCUUUGGGAAAAGUAUGACAACGAAAAGGGAUCUGAGAAUGACCAUCCGGAACUUUUUGGAGACAAUCAACUUUUUGCAGUCCUAGAACUAAAGUUUGCAGGAAGUGACAUGGCAAAUUUUGAAUUUUUAAAUUCCGAACAAUCAUAUUACGCUUUAAAACAGAUUAUUCUAGCGCUUGCUGUUGGUGAAGAAGAGUAUCAAUUUGAGCACAGAGACCUUCAUUUGGGAAACAUAUUAAUUGAAUACACCAAUAAGAAGCACGUAAUUUGUACAUUCAAAAACAGUAAAUUAACUGUGCUUUCAAAAGGAGUGAACGUUACUAUUAUUGACUACACUCUUUCAAGAAUUACAAUUAAUGACUGCUGCUAUUUUAAUGACCUCUCAAGAGAUGAGGAACUUUUCCAGGCAACAGGAGACUAUCAAUACGAUGUCUAUCGAAUGAUGCGGAAUGAGGUAAAGAACAACUGGUCAUCGUUUUCACCAAAAACAAAUAUCAUAUGGCUGUCAUAUGUUAUCGUUAAGGAACAACUGGUCAUCGUUUUCUCCAAAAACAAAUAUCAUAUGGCUGUCGUAUGUUAUUGUUAAGGUACUGGAUAUCGUGAAAUACAAAAGUAUCAAUACGAAGGUUCACAGGAUGUACAUUAAUAAAAUCAAGGAAUUGCAAAACAUUAUAAUGACAUUUGAAAGUGCUUCUCAAUGCGCAAAUUAUUUGUUUAAUUUAAAUUAAGAUGUAUGUACUGAUUGGAAAGCUUUCGAAAUAUAUGUAAAAGUGAACUUAAAAAUAUUCAAAAUAAAACCAUCUCUUAAGCUGAAUUCUUUGAAUUCCGAUUACCCUUUAAUAUUCAACCGGACAGAAGGACUGUGAGAACAACUAGCGGCGAAGCUCCAAUCGAUAAAAAUAAAACAAGACAUAAUGCUUCAGUCGAGUUCCCCGACUAUAAGUUACUCAGAUAGGUAAAAUGCGAACGCGAUUUUCUGGGGGAUCACUAGGUACUGGGGAAUAAAAUUAAAAACAAGCAUGUGGGACAUCUAUGUAUUGUGUUUUGCGGAUCACUCGACAUGGCGUUGCGAGGCAAGCACUACGGUGAAAGAAUUGUAGAGAACUUAUAAAAGCUUAGAAUCGACGCAGGAGACAAUGUUUAAAAAAAGGAUAUGGAGCAUGGAAAUGGAAAUGGAAAUGCAAGCUAUCGAUCAGUUGAAAUUCAAAAUAAAAUCAUCAGCCUUUGUGGUGAAGUCCCAAAAAACAGUUUAUACAAUUAGUUCAAAAUUCACACGCAUAUAGCGUUAUAGCUGAUGAAAAUUAACUAUUUUAUUAAAGACAUUCAUAGUUACGAGGCUGAUGGGCAACAUAUAUUAUAAAGAAAUAUUAACAUUUAAAUAUGUUUGACCUUAAAUAAAUGUUGUAAAUAAUUCUUUUUUUAUUUUAUUUUGUUUAAGGAACAACUGGUCAUCGUUUUCUCCAAAAACAAAUAUCAUAUGGCUGUCGUAUGUUAUUGUUAAGGUACUGGAUAUCGUGAAAUACAAAAGUAUCAAUACGAAGGUUCACAGGAUGUACAUUAAUAAAAUCAAGGAAUUGCAAAACAUUAUAAUGACAUUUGAAAGUGCUUCUCAAUGCGCAAAUUAUUUGUUUAAUUUAAAUUAAGAUGUAUGUACUGAUUGGAAAGCUUUCGAAAUAUAUGUAAAAGUGAACUUAAAAAUAUUCAAAAUAAAACCAUCUCUUAAGCUGAA